AAAAUUGUCAGCAAAUUUCAAAGCUUAAUCCAUGUUAAAGUUAAAAACCAGUUCCAUAUAUGCAUGAUCAUUAUAUUGAAUUUUUUGUUCCAUGUUGUUCAGAAGUAAAAGUAUCUUUAUUCCUAUUAGACUUUUGUGUCUCAGGUGGUUUCUUUCAUCACGCAGGAUGCAAAUAUAAUUUCUGUCUCUUCUCCCCAACAGAAUCAUUUGAUAGAUGAUCUUUUGAGAGAUGUGAUUGUUUCCCUUUUUUAAUAACCUUGAUGUUUAAGGAUGCCAGAAUCUCUUAGUUAUUUACUAGAAGAAUCAGAUUUUAAAGUUUACUGUUUUCCGGAUUUCAAUGCCUCUUGUGUCAAAAACCCUCACAAUGUGACGACUCAAACUGUGUUGUACUUUUUACUGGUGUUUGCAAUGAUCAUUACAAUUCUAGGGAACUUUGUGGUCAUCAUAUCUAUAGCUCAUUUCAAACAGCUUCACACACCUACAAACAUUUUGGUGAUGUCUCUGGCUCUGGUGGAUCUGCUUCUGGGAAUCACAGUCAUGCCGUUCAGCAUGAUCAGAUCUGUGGAUGGCUGCUGGUACUACGGAGAAGAUUUCUGCUUUUUACAUUCUAGUUUUGACAUGUGCCUCACUGUAGCAUCAAUUUUCCAUCUGAUUUCUAUCGCAAUCGACCGAUAUCAAGCUGUGUGUUAUCCACUUCAGUACCCUACAAGAGUAACUAAACCUGUUGCGUGGUUUAUGGUAGCUGUAAAUUGGACUGCAGCAACAGUGUACUCUUACAGUCUCUUGCUUACAAAAGGAAAUGUAGACAGUGGAUUCACAAAUUGCUUGGGAAGUUGUAGCCUUUUUAUGAAUGCACUAUGGGCUAUUUUGUGUAUAGUUGCAGGUUUCAUUUUACCAUGCUGUGUUAUGAUUUGUCUGUAUACUAAAAUAUUUUUUAUUUCAAAAAAGCAUGCAAGAAAAAUUGAGGGGGUGAAGCAGGGCAGAAAUGAUACAACUUUGACCAAAUUCUCGCAAAGAGUGAAGCAUGAGAACAAAGCAGUAAAAACUCUUGGGAUUGUUGUAGGAGCCUUCAUUUUUUGCUGGAUGCCAUAUUUCCUUACCUCUCUACUUGAUCCUUUUAUUAACUUCGCCACCCCUCUAUUACUCUAUGAUGCCUUUGCUUGGUUGGGUUACAUUAAUUCCACUUUAAACCCCAUCAUAUAUGGCCUUUUCUAUCCAUGGUUCAGGAAAACACUGUCUCUCAUUGUUACACUAAAAAUAUUUGCUCCUCAUUCCUCUGAAAUGAAAGUGUAUACAUCGUAACAUCAAUUUAUUUAUGGCUUAAAAUAUAUGUGACAUAUGAACAGAGGAGAGGAUAUAAGUAAUUCACUUAUAUCCCCAAAAUGUUCAAAAUCAUUAAUUAAUUAUG